AUGAGCGAUUCAGCCACAUCCUCUAAAUCAUAUCAAGAAUUCGUCAAAUUUGGCAAGUUCUUCACAACCCGUUUGGUUCAAGCAGUUGUGCAGUCACGUCUUGGGCAACUUAUAGUACAAACAUGCAGUGUGUCACCUGAUCCUUCAGAUUGGUUCAGUGUGCGAAUUGAUGAGAUUGGGGAAGUAGCUGCUCAAUUACGUACGAGCGUCACAAAAUAUCCUCCGAACGCAAACUGCUUUACUUUGGAUUUUUUGCUUCAUACUGCUGAUGGUGAUAUUCUGCCUUUGGAAUCUUGGUGUAUUCGAUAUGAAUCAGAAUUAAUUGAUGGAAGUGUCAGUGUGAGGACUGAGUUUUAUCAUCAGUUAGGAACACUUUUAAAGUCAGCUAUUGUUGCAUCACGAAUGACUCCAGCAUACCGUUACUAUGUGCGCAAACAGAGUCCAGAUACGUUUAUCAUCAUGUAUAGAGUAUACGAAAAGGAACCAGAAAUGGAUUUGGGUGAAGAGCAGAAGAAAGUUCGCAUUGGACUAGUAGCAUCUCCGUUUGGUGCAUUCUCCCUUUAUUUGUUAUAUCGCACUAAAAUGGAAAUUGACCGGAUGGCAACAAAAAGGACAAAUAUUAGUUCUGCUAAUGUGUUAAAGCAUGCUGGGACUCAGCAAAAGCAAUCUAGUGUAGAUAUUGAUGCUCCACUGUCGAUUCCAUUUGGUCCUAUUUUUGUUCACGAUGGUGAAGUGAAACCGGAAAAAAUUGAUGAUUUAUGGUUUGGAACGCCUUCACGUCGCGUUCAUUUUCAUUUAGGACAUUCGCGUUCUUCUUCAGACGAUGCGUGUUGCCGUAGCCAUACCUGCAGUGAUUUGGAUGAAAACAGCAGUCAACCUUAUAGUUCAAGUUUGCCUCAUCGUUUGAUAACUACGAAGAACCGAUCUAGGACUCAUUCAUUCCCUUUUUCAACUUUAUUGACUACAGCUGCGACUGAUUCGUUUCCGAUGGCUUCUGGGUCAACAUCUGCAACAUCCAUACCAGCUCAUAUACACCAGUUGGCUAUAGCUCCUUCUACAGAAGAUUCAAUAAGUGCUAAAGAAAGUGGUAAAUCAGAAGAUUCAUUUGGUGCAGAAGUGCAAAGUGAUGAUGAUGAUUUGUCAAGUAGUGAUGAUAGCUAUGUUAAGGUAGCAUUUGGAAGUAGUGAAAGUUUGGCAGAUGGACUGGGCGAGUUUAUGAAACAAUGUAGAUCAGCUCCUACUCAUCUUUCGUUUCAAGUCGAUUGCACAGCUGUUAUUCCAGAAUUGCUGGAACAGUUUGAAAACAAUCAAAUAAUUUUCGACAGUUUCUUAGAGGAAAUAAACAGAAAGACACAAAUUGAAGAUGACGUAUCUUAG